AUGCUUGAUGAGAAUCUUCCCACCUUCCUCAUCAAACCCUCCAAAGAGAAACCUAGACAGAACUCGACCUUUCUCUUCUCCCAGCAUGGAGCCGAGUUCGAACCUGCCUACACCCUGCGACAUCUUGACCCGGAACAGUAUGCCUCAAAAAACCGAUAUGCCGCUGCGCUGUACGAUGCCUUUACCCCCGACGUCCUGUACGCCGAGGUGUUGCUGAUCCCGGAAUGGACUCAACCAGCACCUUUGUCAGAACAGGCCCUAAUCAAUGGGGCCGUCCCUCCUCCCCCAGAGCCAGUCCUGCCCUCGGAGUUCACGAUCCAGCUAUACAACCCGGACCAGCAAAUUACGGUGAGGCACAAGGCCGCGAGUUGGAACACGGCAGCAUCAUGGGAGUUCGAAAUGCCUCAGCAGACAUUUCGGACACCGUCGAGCUCGGCCUUGGAUCGAGGACAGCACGACCCUGCCGCCUCCGAAAUCACGCCUAAGAUCGGAUUCAAGUGGAAGAAAGACAGCAAGUUCUCGAAAGACCUGGCAUGUUUCCUGUCGGGCAAGAGCACAGCCGUUGAAGGUAGCAAGACCAGAAACAAAGAACCAGACAUUACUGUGUCAAUAUUCAAGGGCCUCAAGGAAAUCACUCUUUACGAGCCGAACAUGCAGAGGGUAGACAUAGAGGAUCUCAAGGGACUUGAGGUGGUACUAUUGCUCGGGGCCGUUGUUAUUCGUGACGUGUACUUUGGUUCGCUGAAAGAGACGUUCAAUAUUUCGUCGGCAGGAAAGAAACCAAGCUCAACGAGCCCGGUUCAACCCGCUGUCCCUCUGCGUCCAGAUACGCUACCUCAGUCGAUCUCGCCAAACAAGGUGGGAGGACUGGUUGUCCAGUCGGCUGGCCGUGAUCCUCGCGUACCCCCUACUGAUCCGAGAAGCCAAUGGGAAAUUGACGUCGAAACUGCUAGAUUGCGGAGGCAAGCCGCCGAAGAGGAACGAGCGAGGCUCCGGCGUGAAGAGGAAGAGGAAAGGCUGACCAAGAGGCUUUUGGAGCAGGAGGAAAAUGAACAGCGUCGACGGCGGCAAGCCGAGAUCGAACAGGAGACAGCGCGCCUCCAGCAGCUGUAUGGCCAAGAAGACAUCUCUGCUCGCCCGAAUUUGCCUCCUCGGGAUCCUCGCCAGCUGAGACAUCACUCCGAGUCGGGACAAUCUGCGUACAUUCAGUCUCAACAAGGCCAACACCCGCCCGCCCCUUAUGCCAACACCUGGUCAUCCGGGUAUUCAGUCAACAGCCAAGCCACUGUUCCGUAUAUGUCAGGAGCAGCUUCUCAGUCGAGCUUUCUCGGCCCCUCCCCGAUGCCACAACAAAAUUUGAAACAGAAAUCAAGCAUUUUCAAUUUCCGCCGUCGGAGUGAUCAUGCCAGUGAUGCAAACAAGUUGCAAAGGAAGAGAAGUGCCGUCUUCUGA